GCUUUAUUUAUUUAUUGUUGAUUUUUUUUUGUUCGAUGAUGUUCCUUGGAUUUGAGUUUCUUGAAAAAUAUUUCUAAAAUUAAAUGAAUAGUUUCAACAGUUAUCGUGAUCUUACUGUGAUUUCCGUUGUGCUGUUAUGCAGCGCGAUAUCCACUCAUGCCGCAAACACUACAUCGUAUUCGCCAAAUAGUGUACAACCGGAACCACUUUGGAGCAAAGUCAUCUCAACCAAUUCCGUAAAUACUGAUGGAGGAGUAUUUGAUGAAUCUUUUGCGGAGCAGCCACAGUUCACUUAUAAUGUGGUUCAGGUCACUGUUCCGAAACACAUCAAAAUCAAUGAUAUCAAUGAUUAUCGGGAGAUAGUGCUUCCGGCGUAUUCCAACAUGCAAAUCCAGCUGGUUAAUAUGGCCCGGAAUGGGAACAACGUCGGAUUUGCAUUGAUACAGGUCAAUGCUUACGAAUUCAACGUAACACUCAGCUACACGAAAACCAUUAUAGACGGAAGCCAUCUGACCGGAUUGAAUGUCGGGUUGAUCUUGAACCAGGAUGGCAAUCUGUAUGCCAUCAAUACGAAUCCCCAUGAGGACAUAUGGAUUUCUUUAGUUCUAAUGCUGUACAAUAAGACUGCCCCGUUGCCGGGAGGUUGUAAUAUGGAAUUUCCAGUGGAAGUAUCUCCAGUGAUGAAUUUAACUUUACUGGAAUCAACUAUCGAGGUUGAUACGCCCCCUGCAUCCGUGGCAAGGCAAUUCAAUGAGAGUUGUGGCAAAGCCGAGCUGAGAUACGAAUCUUACUAUCUAUCGAUGCCGUCCUACGAUUUUUCCCAGAAGACCUAUUUCAACUACAUACGCAAUUUGAUCAGCUAUGCAAACGCAAAGGCAUCCGGUCGGUUGAAUAAUUUGACUACUGCUAUGCCAAGUAUCAAGCGGAUCUACGAUCGGCAAAUAGGCCGUGGCAUGGUAUUUGUUACGGUGGUCAUAGACCCGGUUCAUCGAGGAUUUGCCGCGUAUGUUCCGGUCCACUCCUACGCUUGCCAACCGUUUCUCAACAUCGGAGGCUGCUAUGAGUUCAACAUUCCUAUUCGGAUCGUAGGAUUGAUUAUAACCAUUAUAAUGGCAGCGGAAAUCAUCAUUGGCUUUUGUCCACAUGUUGUUAAAGCUUUGAUAUGCGGAGGGAUUGUUGGCCUGAUCGGAACAAUGAAAUUUGUCCAGGCUUGGAACUUGCCCGUAACGCACACGGAACUCGUCGCGAUGCUGGUAUUGGGGACCAUCACAUGUGCCGUGCUGUUCACCGUUAUAGCGAUAUAUUGCCCCAUAGCUACCAUUCUCAUAUGCAACGUUAUCGUGGGCUAUAUGAUAUGCAGCAUUAUCUAUUAUGGGUUUUACGGAAAUCUUUUCAUUCAUCUCUAUGUGACUCUCAUAUUGCUUCUAUGUGGCGUCGGUUUAGGAUUGCUGUUAACAUCCAUACCGGCAUUUCUCCUGGCAAACAGUUUUCUCUUCGGGGCUGUUGCAUUGUUCUACGGAGUCAACGUUGUGUUCAGCGCUCGUCUACAUUACUCCCUUCGCAAUUUGUACCAUGGCGUCUACGAGGAUAACUACCAAACCGUCCUUUCAGAUUCGACACUAGACAUAAACGAAAUCAUGGCAUGUGCAAGCUUUGCCAUCAUUCUUUCGAUAUGCAUUUACUUGAGAGUUCGCUGUCGGCUUCGGGAAAAUCAAGUCGUGCCCAGAGGAUUCUGGAUUCCGUGUGGAAAUCAUGGAUCGAGAACCAGCCUUGCAAUUCUAGCGGACGACGCUUUCACGUACGAUCAUCCGACAAUUACUCGCUGGACAAGCGGUGACGAUGAUGUUUUCGAGUCACCCGCGACGAACGCUAGAUUUUUCGAUCGUCUACGGAAAUUUCGAAGGCAAAGAGUUCCUACCUAGUUAGAAUAGAGUUUUGCUUUUUGAUCUUCAUAUAUACAUACCAAAUAUAUAAUCUCAUUUUUUCGGUAAAUUUAUAAAUCGUAAUAUUUUAAAAUUACUAAUUAUGCUUGAAAAAUAAACUUUUCUUGAUAUGAUAAA